CCGCGGCGACCUUGCUGCCGGGACUCUUCGCCGCGGGCUCGGGCCGAGCGGAGCCGGAUCGCUCGCAGCCGCAGAGGCCGACAUGACCACAUCCUCUCAGUGCUAGGGCUUUCCCCAGCGCCCCGGCGCUCAGCGGCAAGGAUGCGUGCCUGGAAGGCGGUGGCCAGCACGCUGGCGCUCAGCGGGGCCGACGUGGUGGUCACCACGCUGCUCUACACCCGCGGCCGCGGCGGCUGGGACGUCCUGCGGGACCUGCGCCACUUCAACAUCUUCAACUCGCUGCUGGACAUCUGGGGAGGCUGCCUGUACCGCAGCUGCGUGCUGCUGGGGGCCGCCAUCGGCGUGGCCACCAACACGGCCUACGGCCCCCGGCGCCUCAGGGCGUCGCGGACCUUCAUCGCCAUCAUCUGCCUCCUCAUGGGCAUCUACAUGAUGGUGAAGCUGCUGCUCUACUCGGAGGUUCGGAGGACCAUCAGGGACCCCUGGUUCUGGGGGCUGUUUGCCUGGACCUAUGUGUCACUGGCGGCCACGUUCGGGCUGUGGCAGCUGCUGGCCUGUGUCACCUCGUCCCGCGAGGCGCUGGGGCCCGGCUCCGAGUCGCGCGCCGAGGCGGAGGAGAGCUGCGACGGGACCGUCCGGCGGGACAAGCGGGAGCAGGCCGCGGGUCCCACCAUCCAUAAGCUGCUGUCCUACACCAAGCCCGACGCCUUCUUCCUGGGCAUCGCCUUCUUCUUCCUCCUCGUGGCUGCGCUGGGAGAGACCUUCUUGCCCUACUACACAGGGCUGGCCAUCGAUGGCAUCGUGGUGCAGAAGAGCAUGGACCGUUUCUCCACGGCCGUGCUGGUCGUGUCGCUGCUGGCCAUCGGAAGCUCAUUUGCCGCAGGUAUCCGCGGCGGCUUUUUUACGCUCAUAUUUGCAAGACUGAACAUUCGCCUUCGCAACUGCCUCUUCAGGUCCCUGAUGUCUCAGGAGAUGAGUUUCUUUGAUGAGAAUCGCACAGGGGACGUCAUCUCCCGCCUGACGUCGGACACGACCAUCGUGAGCGACCUGGUGUCCCAGAACAUCAACAUCUUCCUGCGCAACAUGGUGAAGGCAGCAGGGGUGAUCUUCUUCAUGUUCAGCCUCUCCUGGAAGCUCUCACUCGUCACCUUCAUGGGCUUCCCCAUCAUCAUGCUGGUGUCUGAUAUCUAUGGGAAGUACUACAAGAAGCUCUCCAAGGACGUGCAGAGCGCUCUGGCCAAGGCCAACAACACGGCUGAGGAGACCAUCUCUGCCAUGAGGACCGUGCGCAGCUUCGCCAACGAGGAGGCGGAGGCAGACGUGUACUGGCAGAAGCUGCAGCAGGUCUACAAGCUCAACAAGCGCGAGGCCAUGGCUUACACCUACUACGUCUGGUCCAGCGGGCUGACCCUCCUGGUAGUCCAGGUCAGCAUCCUUUACUAUGGUGGGCACCUCGUGAUCUCAGGGCAAAUGACAAGUGGAAACCUGAUCUCCUUCAUCAUUUAUGAGUUUGUCCUAGGAGACUGCAUGGAGUCCGUCGGCUCCGUGUACAGCGGCCUGAUGCAGGGAGUGGGCGCCGCCGAGAAGGUGUUUGAGUUCAUCGACCGCAAGCCAACGAUGGUGAGCGACGGGGCCCUGGCCCCAGAGCACGUGGAUGGGAAGGUGGAGUUCAGGAACGUCACCUUCUCCUACCGCACUCGCUCUGCAACGCAGGUGCUCCAGAAUGUAUCCUUCACCCUCCACCCUGGCAAAGUGACGGCGCUGGUGGGUCCUUCAGGGAGCGGGAAGAGCUCCUGUGUCAACAUCCUGGAGAACUUCUACCCUCUGCAAGAUGGGCAGGUGCUGCUGGACGGGCGUCCCAUUAACAUGUACGAUCACAAGUACCUGCACUCCGUGAUCUCCCUGGUGAGCCAAGAGCCCGUGCUGUUCGCCCGCUCUAUUGCAGACAACAUUUCUUACGGCUUGACUUCAGCCUCCUUCGAGUCCGUGGUCCAGGCUGCCCAGAAGGCCAACGCUCACUCCUUCAUCACUGAGUUACAGGAUGGCUACCACACAGAGGCAGGUGAAAAAGGAGCCCAGCUGUCAGGUGGCCAGAAGCAGAGAGUGGCAAUUGCCAGGGCCUUGAUCCGAGCUCCCCCCAUCCUCAUCCUGGAUGAAGCCACCAGUGCCCUGGAUGCAGAGAGCGAACACGCGAUCCAGCAGGCGAUUUACGGCGACUUGCAGAACCACACGGUGCUUGUCAUAGCUCACAGGCUGAGCACUGUGGAGAGGGCACACAACAUCAUUGUGCUGGACAAGGGCCGCGUGGUGCAGCAGGGCUCGCACAAGGAGCUGAUGGAAGAAGGAGGCCUUUAUUCCAAGCUGGUGCAGAGACAGAUCCUGGGGCUGGAAGGGAGCAGCGCGGACAGUCACCAGGCUGCAGGCCGAGGGGAUUCAGCGAAGGAGGAGGAGUUCAGGAUAGACCAUUCCCUGCCAGCCGUGGCACAGGACUGAUGACAGCGCUGUGGCUCCCAAGUGAGAGCGGUGGUGGCCACCCCCGUGGGCGCUCGCUGGGACGAGAGGCGGCUCUGCCCUUUGCUCCCCCUGCACAUCACCCCCCACCCCCUGCACACACCAACACACACUACAGAGCUUCCUGCAUUACAUCCAGCAGGCAAAGGCCAGCUGGUGAAACAGGGCAACGGGUUUCCUCCAGGGAGCUGAGUCUUUAUACUGGGUUUCUUUUCUUAGUACCAGUAAUUCCUCCGACUGGGACUUUUCUCCCAUUGAUAUGCAUGUGUAACUGCUAUUAACUGUAAUGGAUGUCUGUGGUGGUUUAGCCCCGGCUGGGUGCCAGAUGCCCACCAAGUCUUUCUAUCAUUCCCCCUCCAAAACUGGACAGGAGAGAGAGAAAUACACUGAGAGGCUGGUGAGUCGAGAUAACGGGCUCCCAGGUCCUGCCAGGAGCUUGCUCCAAGGUGAGCGUCCUGUGGAGCCACGGCCUCCUUCAGGCAUCCACCUGCUCUGGCGUGGGGUCUUCCACAGGCUGUGAGUGGGUCUCUGCUCCUCAUGGUCCACCAUGGGCUGCAGGGGCACAGCUGCCUCACCAUGGGCUACACCACAGGGCACAGGGGAGUCUCUCUUCCAGUGCCUGGGCACCUCCUCCUCUCCCUCUUCACUGACCUUGGUGUCUGCAGAGAUGUUCUCACAUUCUCCCUCCCUGCUGCUGCUGUUUAGCAACUGCACAGCAACUAUUCACAGAGGUGUUACCUCAGUCACUAAUUGUCCAGGCCUUGGUCAGUUCUAAGUUCUAUCUUAGAACUGCCUGGCAUUAGCCCCAUCAGCUACAGGAGAAGCUUCUGGCAGAUCUUAGUUUAAAGAAGCCACCCCUCUAGCCCCCCAGCCCCCACUACCAAAAACCUAGCCCAGGCAAAACCACUACAUUGUUAAAUGCAUGCAUGGAGGGGAAGGUAGAGAACCCCUUCAGGAACUUCAGGAGGUGGCUUUUGUAGCUGAACAGAAAAAGAGUGACUGGAAAACAAGGUCCUGCUCCCAUUAUCAAUCUAUGGAACCAAUCCAAAGCCUACUGAGCUCUGUAGGCAGCUCCCUUUGGCUUUACUGAAAACCGGAUUGCUUCCAUGGGGCUGAAAGCUGGGAGAGUUUUGCACUGAGUGCCUGCAGGCUCAGGCUCACAACCACUGCUGCUGCUGAGCUUGUGUCAAGUAGUAACCACCCUUGCUGGGAUGAGCCAGGGGACUGGCUGGCAGCUGUUGCUUUCAGAUUUGCUCGUGGUGAUUGGUGGGUGUUUGGUUUUUAAGGAUGAAAAGUUUGACCAUAAUUGCGUUAGGUUUGGGGUUGGUUUUUUUUGGUUUGGGUUUUGUUGUUAACCCAUUUGUGUGCAAUGUCUGUCUGGCUCCAGCAUCCAUUGAAAACUGGUCUGUUUUUUUUAACUCAACCUUGGUGCUGGUGUGAAAAAAACACUCUUAAAGACAGGCAUAAAAUAUUGAAAGACAGCACUUUAUGAAUCCCACCAAAGCUUUGUUCCGUUUCAGGCCAUGUUAGUGACUCCACAGCAUGGCAAAUCCAUACACUGUCCUUGAAGCCUGACUUCAGCUGCCUGAACUUUAAAAUGUGUUUCUUUGAAUGUGGUUUAUUAACUGACUUUUAGGAUGAGAGGUAGAAAGAUGUUGCUUUUAGCCCUUCUGGGUAAUGGCUCUGGCUCUGUAGUGUUAUCCUGCCAUAGAUUGGUGAAGAAACCUAUGCAGCCAGGCAGGCACUGUUGAAAAAUAGCAUUUACAUGGGGAAAAUUGACUGCAGACUGUGCAUAGUUAAGAAAUUAUCUCAAGAACUUUAGCUCUGAUGUUUUCCAAUAUUUGAAUGCUGCUGUGUUUUAUUUUUUUGGUAGGGUUUGCACUUUUUGUUCUUGGCAAUGUUUUGUUUUUGUUUAGUGAUAUUUUACAAACUCUUUAGUGUCCUUGAGGAGGGAUGCUCAAAAAAUAAAAUACUACCUCUGCCACUCACCAUUGAGCCAAU